UGCAAAUAAAGAAAGCUCUCCCCUUUGACCGCUUCUUGUUCGUCUUCCUCAAUACACUGUUCUCUGUGCGUCUAUCGUCUGUAUGUUGCGACGGUGAUGCGUAGCUUUCAGGAGCUGUUGCCGUUAUACGCGACCAUCCUUGACUGCUGUUCAUCCACCAAGAAUUUGAGAAAGCUCAAACAAGCACACGCUAACACCAUAAAGCUCGGAAUUUCCCACAAAGACUUCAUACGCUCGAAGCUCGUCGCCUCUUACGCCGCCUGCUCCCAAAUGCUCGAAGCUUCCUUCAUAUUCUCGCUCACCAACCGCCAGCCCACCUUCCUCUACAACUGCCUCAUCAGGGGCUUCUCGUCCCUCGACCUCUUCUCUGAGUCCCUCUCUGUUUUCCGCCAAAUGCUCCUUGCUUCUAAGCCCAUUGACCGCCACACUUUGCCCGCCGUGCUCAAGUCCUGCGCGGGGUUAUCUGCCCUCCGCCUCGGCAGUCAAGUCCAUGCGGCGGUUCUAGCAAAUGGGUUUGCCUUAGACACCGCCAAUUCAAAUGCUCUGAUCACCAUGUACUCGAAGAGUGGGGAUUUGGGUAGUGCCAGGAAGGUGUUCGACCAAGUGCCGGAGAGGAACUCGGUUACAUGGUCGGCAAUGAUGGCGGGGUACGGGAUGCACGGGGACUUCGGGGAGGUGUUUGUACUGUUUGAGAAGAUGUUGAACCAGGGGAUAGUGCCUGAUGGAUUGAGUUUUACAGCUGUGUUGGCGGCGUGUAGCCAUGGCGGAUUGACAGACAAGGGAAGGGAAUAUUUGGAGAUGAUGGAGGGGAGGUUUGGGGUGAGGCCGGGAUUGGAGCAUUACACUUGCAUGGUGGAUAUGUUGGGGAGGGCGGGGCAGGUGGAAGAAGCCGAGGCGUUGAUAAUGAGAAUGGAGGUGGAACCAGAUGAGGCUUUGUGGCGUGCAUUGUUGGGAGUUUGUAAGGUUCACGGCAAGGUGGAGGUUGCUGAGCGGGUGGCUGACAGGAUCUAUGGGAAGAAGGGGUUGAUUGCAGCUCGUUCGUAGGAUCAUGGUCUGCUAAAUUAGAACUGGGCAUGACAUUUCUAUGUAGAACAAGAAGCUGUAUUGGCUUCCGGGGCAAGGUUUCCAUUGGGAACUCAAAUUCAAGGUUUUCAAAGUUCAGAUCAUGUUUCAUAUAUGCUUCAAUUCCCAUGCAUUUUUUUUUUUUUUUUUUUUUGGGCUCAAGAUCCCAUGCUUCAAAGGAAAGAAAAUUUGAUUUACACUAAACUUUGGAAAUCACUUAUUUCGUUAAGUAAAUAUUUCGUUUUGUUCUUUCUAGAUGCAUCGCCAAUUGUACUAGAUUUGGAAUUAACUGUUGCAAAUGGCCAACACAGAAGCUCCAUAACUUGGAGGCUAGCCCGGAGGAAACGAAUCAGAUGAUGAUUUAUUUACUACAAUUUUGCAUGAAUCGUCAAUGACACUGGGAAUAGCAAGCAAUACAGUCUAUGAAUCUCAUCAUGCUUAUUAAUUACACAAGCCA